UUUUGUUUUUAGUGAGUUGUGUGCAGUGGUGGGAGCAGUGCCGUGGUUGUGUGGAGCUGGCUAAGAGACUGAACGCAGAGCAAUGCAAUUUCUGAAGCUGUGGGGACGUCUCCCAGUAGGGCUCCAUGUUUUGAUAAUUUUCUUUUCUUAAAUGUGCGGCCAAACCUGUCGCAGGUUGUACAAAGCUGCCGGAGGGCGUUCCUACUUUUGCCUGAUAUUUCUCAACCCCGUUAAAUAUUGACAGGUCUGCUUUGAAUUUAAUCAGGGCUAGGAGAGGAAAACCCUCAUUAAUCAUUAGCCCUUCAGAAGGAAUCGAACCCGGUGUGGCUUUAACUCUUAUCUUGCAAUCCAUUUUACACCUGGUAUAAAAUAACUGAGGUUUUUAUUUUUAAAAAGGCAUUCGGAAUCCUUUGUGAGCACCCACGGUUUAUGAAAUGUGAUACCUGGGAAUUCGAUGGUGUGCAAAUAGUUAAAAACUGAUUAAAACAGCUCAGAGACAGGAACAGUUCCUGUGUACUUUGACUCAUUUGGCAGUGAGUAUAGAUUGAGCCAAAACGUGCUACAGUGAGCCCUGACCUGGCAGGAGAAAGAAGUUUUCAAGUUGUGAAAUGGCUUUAACCUCGGGCAGCUUGUGGGUGCUGGGAUCCCUGCUGUUGCUAUCCACAUGCCAGUGGAGACUGUCUGAAGGUGGAGAGCUGCUGGUGGUGCCCGUGGAUGGGAGUCACUGGCUAAACCUGAAAACCCUGAUGGAUGAACUCGGGAGAAGGGGCCACAAUGUGCUGGUCGUGAUCCCCGAGAUCAAUUUGAAAAUGGGUCCAUCGCCUCACUACACCACCAGGGUAUUCCCAGUGCCCUACAGCAAGGAUGAUUUGCAUAGCCUCAAGCCUGAUAUCGUUACCAACAUGUCUUUCAUCGAAAGAAUCCGCACUGGUUUUGCAAAGACGAUUAGUCUUCGCCAGUUGCUCAUGAAGACCUGUGAGAGCCUGCUGUACAACAAGGAACUGAUGCAGGAGUUGGCGGAGAGGAAAUUUGAUGCUUUGCUGACUGACCCCUUUGUACCAUGUGGCGCCAUCAUUGCGGAGUAUCUGUCCCUGCCCACGAUCAAUCUACUGCGAGGAGUCCCCUGCGGUUUGGACAGUUUAGCCAUGCAGUGUCCCAGACCAUUCUCCUACGUGCCGAGAAUUUUCACCGGGAACACCGACCGAAUGACCUUCCUCCAAAGGACUAAGAACGUGCUGGUUGGUUUAAUGGACCCCCUGCUGUGCUGGUUCAUCUACUCCCCUUUCGAAGAGCUGGCCCAGAGGUUCCUGCAGAAGGACGUGACCCUGAUCCAACUCCUGAGUAACACCUCCAUCUGGCUGAUGCGUUACGACUUCACUUUUGAAUCCCCGAGGCCCCUGAUGCCAAACAUGGUGCUAGUGGGUGGCAUCAACUGCAAGGAGAGGAAACCUUUACCACAGGAAUUUGAAGAGUUUGUGAACAGUUCUGGAGAGCACGGGAUCGUGAUCUUCUCCUUCGGGUCAAUGGUGUCAGAAGUGCCCCGUGAUAUUGCAAAUCGGAUUGCAGCUGCCUUGAGCCGGAUUCCUCAGAAGGUCCUGUGGAGAUACACUGGAGAUCCUCCUGAAACACUGGCACCGAAUACAAAAUUGCUAGAGUGGCUUCCACAGAAUGAUCUGUUGGGACACCCGAAAACACGAGCCUUCCUCACACAUGGAGGAAUGAAUGGACUCUAUGAGGCUAUCUGCAGUGGUGUGCCGUCUGUCAUGUUACCAUUAUUUGGGGAUCAAGGAUAUAAUGUCGUUCAAAUGGUCAACCGUGGUGCUGGGAUUGAGCUAGACAUAGAACAAAUGAGCUCCGAUGAUCUAGUCAACGCGUUAAACAUGGUCAUCAACGAUACCAGAUACAGGGAAACCAUGAUGACAUUGUCUUCACUGCACAAGGACUUCAGCUUGCAUCCUUUGGACCUCUCUGUCUAUUGGGUGGAAUUUGUGAUGCGGCACAAAGGGGCGGAGCAUUUACGAUCUGCGGCUCAUGAGCUGAACUGGAUCCAGUAUCACAGCCUGGACGUGAUCGGCAUGCUCCUGGUCACUGUGCUGGUCUUCGUGUGGAUGCUGGCUAAGUGUUGCUGCUACUGCUGCAGGAGAUGUUUCUGUGGAACACGCAGUCGGAGGAAGAGGAAACCGGAUUAGAGUGCUCGCUAACAAUUCCUGGAAGUGUCUCUGCAAACUGGUGAAGGGGUGAAAUUAUCCAAGUAAAACAAACCUCAGCCUGUGCUUCCCAGUGCAUGUACGUUAGCAGAGAGAGAGAGAGGAUAAUGUGUAUCACUUGUAUUCUGUGCACUCUAAUUCUUUGCUCUUUGUGCCAGACAGGUAUGUCGGGAUUUGAAUGACCUGCAAAUGACUUUCAUGGUUUCAAUUUGAACUUAAAUGUGACGGGGAUUAAUUAAAAAGUUUUUUUUUGUUGAGUAACUGAUUAAA